AUGCGGCCCCUUUCCUCCUCAUCACUGUGGAAGCGCGCACCAAGCGCUGGCUCGCUGCUCAUCGGUGUGCUUGUUGGACUGCUCGUUGCGUCACUUUUGAGGCAAGGAGAGCGCACCCCGCCACAAUGGCAACCCGGCGGCGGUAGCAGCUUGUACCCCAACGCUGUGACUGGCGGUCGGAUUGGCAAGAUCACUUCGUUGCCGAACAUGGACCAGCGUCUGCGCAUCCUCAAGCUCCUGGGCACGAUUAGCGCGAAGCACACGCGCGAGUGCACGCGCAACCCGCAGAGGCUAUACGUCGAGCAGGCCAAGGAGCGGUACCAACAGUUGAUCGGACACAAGACGGGCUGGCGGUCUGGUGGCGGACUCUUUGGGCUGCUUGGCGGUGGCGCGUCCACCAAAGACCGUGAGCAGCUCAAGCUUGACGACUCGCGAUUCACUCGGCGUGACGUGCUCGCGCGCAACCUCAUGUCUCUGCAGGGGCCAGACGACCACAAGUACUUCUUCGCAAUCAACCUGUACGAGUCGUUUGACAUUAUCCCGGAUCUGUUCUCAACAUUGUUCAAGGCGGCGGCCAUUCUGGGCUACCACAACGUCAUGGUGUCAAUCUACGAGAACGGAUCCAAGGACCAGACGAAAGCGUUACUCCGACUGUUCGACGCACUGUGCCGUUCUGUCGGGAUGAACGUGAUUAUCCGUUCGUCUGCGCGUACCCGUGGCCAGUUCAACCACCGUAUCGAGUACCUCGCCGAGGUGCGCAACUCUGCCAUGGUGCCGCUCCACGAGCUCCGCGACCAGGGGGAGUACUACGACUCGAUCGUGUUCAUGAACGAUAUCCUGCCCUGCGUCGAUGACCUGCUCGAGCUCAUCUGGCAGAGCCGGAGGCAGAACGCCGGCAUCACCUGCGCCGCCGACUACAUGUACCACGACGAGAUCGGCUCGCCGGUCUUCUACGACAACUGGGUUGCCCGUGACCUGAAUGGCACGGCGCUGGAGAACGCUCCCUUCGAGCAGGUCUUCCGCCACUCGGAGAGCUCGCACCGCUUUCAGCGCCACCUGCCCGUCCAGGUCCAGAGCUGCUGGAACGGCGUGGCCGUCCUGGACCCAGCUCCGUUCUACGAGGCCAUGCCCGUCAAGUUCCGCAUGGCCGAGCUCACAGAAGACGAGUGCUCGGCGUCCGAGUGCUCGCUCAUCUGCAACGAUUACUGGGCCAUGGGGUACGGGCGCAUCAUCAUGGUGCCGCGCGUCAAGCUUGCAUAUGACAAGAAGGUAUACGACAUCAUCCACCCCGAGCGCCGCAACUUGACGGCUAUCCGUGGAUACAAGCGCCUUGGUGGGAUGCCCGACGACCCGCGCUCGGAUCCCCAGGACCGAAGCUGGUACGGCCCACACGACCGACUGUUUACUCCGGAAGAGGACCUCGAGUUGGACUUCAAGCCAGGACCCAAGUCAGUCUGGUGCUGGGGAUGGGACGGAGCUGGUGACCUUGACGGACCCGACGUCGACCCCAUCUGGGAGGACCAGGCGCCGCAGUCGUCUAAGCCCGAGGCUGUCAAGAUCAAGCACUACCGCAACCUCCGUGGCUACUAG